AUGGUCUGGCAUAAAAUCUUACAGAAAUUCAACAUUGCGUGGACCUUCUUAGAAGACUUGCAGCAGUUUAUCAUCAACUGGAAGUGCCCAUCUGCUCACCCUCUGAUUAGACAGUUUUGGAAACUCAUCCCUCAUAUCUGUUGGAAUAUCUGGAAGGAAAGGAACAACAAGAUCUUCCGGGACACUGAUAACUCUGUGGACACGGUGGUUGGCAUAACGGAAAAUAUUCUCAGGGAGAACACUUUGGUCUGUAAAUGGAAAAAACCACAAUCUGCCCCUCUAGAGAUGGAUUGUAAUUGGGUUAGGACAUGGAAUAUACCUAACGACUUCCUCCGAUAUGAGAAUUCUAAAAGGAUGGAGAGGCUCAACACUAGAUGGUCGACCCCAUCCUCCUCAUGGCUCAAACUUAACUUUGAUGGCGCCACUCGUAGUGGAGUUGCGGCAGCAGGUGGAAUUAUAAGGGAUAGCCUGGGCAACCUAAUUCUGGCCUAUGUUGGGAAUCUUGGCUCUACCUCUAGUAAUAUGGUCAAAGCCUUAGAGCUCUUUUGGGGGCUUAAAUUGGCUCUCAAUAUUAAUGCUACAAGAUUGAUCAUUGAAGGGGAUUCUAGGCUGAUUAUUGAGGCAACUAAAGGUGUUUCUGGGAUAAGCUGGAUGAUUAGCAGCAUACUCAAGGACAUAUGGUCUAUGAUUGUUUGGCUUGAGGAAUUUCAAAUUCAACAUAUUUAUAGAGGGAAAUUCGGUGGUGGACUCCCUAGCUGCGGCAGGCCUUGA